ACCUGAUUGUCUGGUAGAGCACAGCCUGGACUCAAGGCUCUGGCAUCAGGCACUUCCCCUGGGCCAUGGUAGGAACAGGGCUCCUUUUGCUGCUGGUGGCAUUUCUUGCUCAGUGUGACAGAGGCCAGGUGAAGGGUGUGGAGGAAGAGCUGCCAUCCCCUCCUCAGCAAAGGAGCCAGAAGCCUGAAGCUAUCCCUCUUCCAAAAACACCCAGCCUGCAGCAGCAGACCUCCGGUCUGAAAUGUGGAGUUCGUCCCAUUGAUCUGGAGAGCCCGGAGGAUGUUCUUCUCUCGAAUUGUUGGAGGAAGAGAGACGGUGCCCGGGGGACAGCCCUGGCAGGUGUCCCUCAAACUGGGCCGUUUCCAUAUCUGUGGCGGCAGUCUGGUCCGAGAAGACGUGGUUAUUACUGCUGCUCACUGCAUGGUCAACCUGGAGCAGAAACUCCUGAAGAGCCUGGUGGUGACAGUGGGGGAGCAUCACCUCCAGCAGGUGGACAGGCAGGAGCAGAGCAUCCCCGUCUUGCAUGUGUUCAUCCACCCUGGGUUCAACCGGCUGCACUACAUGGACUGCGACGUGGCUGUGCUGCGCCUGCAGCACCCAGCCCGCUUUGGGGAUGAGGUCCAGCCAAUCUGCCUCCCCCACAGGGAUGAAGACUUCGAGGUGGGGACACUGUGUGUGACAAGUGGCUGGGGCAAGGUGUCUGAGGGGGCUGGGGUGCUGGCUCCCGUCCUGCAGGAGGUGGAGCUGCCCCUCAUCGACAGCCUGACCUGCAGUGCCCUGCUGAGGGCCAUGGAACUACCGCCUGUGCAGGGCUCCAAGCUGUGCGCAGGAUUUCCCGACGGCGGGAGGGAUGCCUGCAAGGGUGACUCUGGAGGGCCCCUUGCAUGUCUGAGGACUGGCGGCACCUGGACGCUGGCUGGCGUGGUGUCCUGGGGGGUCGGUUGUGCCAGAGGAUGGGAUGCCAGCAGGAGAAGCACCACGGCUCGGGGCUCCCCAGGUGUCUUCUCCCGGGUGGCUGCAGUCAUGGACUUCAUUGCCCAGCACAUGGCAGCCGCUGCCGUGCUAAGCCCCCUUCCUGUGCCAGACCAGUGCAGUCCCCAAGGCACACUGGUCUCUGGAGAAAGCGGCCGUGUUCGGUACCCCCAGUCCCUGGAGGAUGACUACCCCAACAACAGCCUGUGCACCUGGAACGUAACAGUGCCGGAGGAGAAAAUCAUCCUGAUAUACUUCACUAAAUUAGAUGUAGAGUACCAAGUUGGAUGUGACCGUGACUACGUGUCCCUCUACUCAAGCAGAAGAGAGCUGAUCAGCAAAGUCUGUGGGAAUGUGUUCCCAGCCCCUCUGCUGAUAGAGUCGGACCAGGCCACCAUUACAUUUGUUUCUGAUGGGAGCAACGCUGGCCGUGGGUUUGAACUCACCUUCACAGCUGUCCAUAAGGAGUCCGAAGCAGGUUCGGGCUGUGGGAGUGUUGCAAUGCUGGAGGAAGAGGGGAAGAUUGAUUCUGCAAACUACCCUGGCUUGUAUCCCAGGAACACCAAGUGCCACUGGCUCAUUGAGGCUCCAGUAGAGUAUGCUGUAAAGAUGGAGUUUGAAGACUUUGCCCUUGAACUUAGCCCAGGCUGUAUUUAUGACGCUGUUAAUGUUUACAGUGAUGCAGAAGAGGAAAACCAGCUGGCUAAUCUCUGUGGAUUCACAACUCCCAAACCAGUGCUGAGUCCGGGAAAUACUAUGCUGGUGCAUUUUGAAAGUGAUGAGGAGAACAACUUCAGAGGGUUCAGAGCCCGGCUCACCUUUGUUCUUUCAGAGGAGGCAAGAAGAGAAGACUCAGGAUUAGCUACUGCACCAAUGUUGCCUCUGAGGGAUGUCCCCUUAGACACCUGUGGCCUUCCCCCAGUGACUCCCUGGUGGCUGUUCAAGCGCAUUAGCGGGGCUGAGGAGGCCUGUCCUCGCUGCUGGCCAUGGCACGCUGCCCUGAACUUCCUUGGAGACUACCAGUGCAGCGGGGUUGUCAUUAGCCCCACAUGGAUCCUGACAGCCGCCCACUGUGUGCAGCCAUCCAAUAAACCCUUGCACUGGACUGUGACAGCAGGAGACCAUGACAGAGCCCUGAGAGAGUCAACAGAACAGGUGAGACAGGUUAAAACCAUUGUGGUGCAUCCCCACUUUGAUGUGGUGAGCUAUGACUCUGACAUUGCCCUGGUGCAGCUAGACAUCCCUCUGGAGUACAAUACUGCUGUGAGGCCAGUGUGUCUGCCCAACAGCACAGAGACGUUAUCUUCCUCUUCCCUCUGCACUGCAUCUGGUUGGGGAAUCAUUGAAGAAGCAGAUAGGAGCCGAUCUAAGCGACUGCAGCAGAUGCAAGUGCCUGUGCUUGAGAAUGAAAUCUGUGAGAGGAAUUACUACUGUGGUCACCCUGGAGGGAUCACAGCUAGGAUGCUUUGUGCUGGCUUUGUUUCCAUGGGAGGCCAGGACCCCUGUCAGGGUGGUUCUGGUGGCCCCUUGGUUUGCAGGAAGGAAAACGGACCGUUUAUUCUUUACGGCGUUGUCAGCUGGGGUGUUGGCUGUGCAAGUACAAAGAAACCAGGAGUCUACUCAAGGGUGAGGAUUUUCCUGGACUGGAUAAGACUGACAAUGAAAGAUUCUGCACAGAGCAUGCCAUGGGGAAGUAAUGCUGUACCUGGAACCUUGGUGCAGGAGCAGCUGGUGAAAUUGCCUGCAAAGCUACAGGGAGAGGCAUCAGCACAGGAAUGUGUAUCAGAAGUGGAGCUAGAAGAGCCCCGGGGGUUUAUCUCUGCUCCGUUCUUGUCAGGGUAUGUGGGAAGCCCAGAGUGCUUUUGGAUACUUCGUGUGUCUCCAAAGGGCAUGGCAAAGAUUAUGGUAAAGCAUCUGUCAAUAAGAACAUCACCAAACUGCCGAGAGGAGUUUCUUGGGAUUUACGAAGAGAGUCAAGGAGGAAGAAAAGAACUAGCUGUGUUGUGUGGUACCCUGAUGUCUCCUGUGGUCCUCUGGAGCCCUGGGCCCACAGUGAAGGUGGUAUUCCGCUCCAUCAGCCCUGCUGCUUUCAGCAUCGAGUACUUAAUGCUCACAGUCCAAGGACAAAAACCUGGAAAUACCCAAGAAAGUCCUGAGAAGAUGAGCUCAGAGCUGUCACGAUGCAAGGAUGCUAUUCUUACAGAUAAGGAAGGAAAGAUCCAAUCACCAGGAUACCCCAUGAGACACACAAAUGCCACCAGCAGCUGCCACUGGAGAAUUAUAGCCCCAUUAAAAUCCAUUAUUAGGCUUGAAGUCCUGGACUUCUGGACUGAAAGAAAUCUGUCUAAUUGUCAUGGCCAACUGAUGCUGUAUGAAGGAUUUGGACUAACCAAAGAGUUACUAGGAAACUUCUGUGGCGAUGCUUCACUCUACCCUGUAAAAUCCCGAGGCUCAGUGAUGACAGUGACCUUCACUUCCAGGGCUGAGGCAGCUAUGAAAGGCUUUCUCCUGACUUACCAGAUGAUAUUUCCUGAGCAGAGUCUGGAACCUGGAAACAUGACAGAUGCUGACAAAGAGUGCCCAGUCUUUGAUCUAAUUCCUGUUGGAGCCACUGAAAUAACAUCUCCCAGUUACCCUGGCGUUUACCCUGACAUGCUGAACUGCACUUGGACAAUUUAUUCCAUUUCAGGAAAUAAACUGAAGGCUGUAAUUAAAGACUUUGUAACUGAGGAUACAAGGGACUGCAUUUGGGAUUGUUUGAGUAUUUAUGAUGGACCUCAUCUCUCUUCAAGACUCCUGGCUAGCUUAUGUGGCCAGAGAAAAUCUUUUAGUGUGUUUUCUAGUAGCAGCUUCCUGACCCUUCACUUCAGAACUGAUGAAUCUGUAGGAUACAGAGGCUUCAAAAUCCUUCUUGAAGAGCUGUAUCUGCAGCCAACACAAAACGAGCUGGAAGAUGGUAGCCAAUACUCAUCCUCUCUAUUACCGACUUCUGAAGCAAUAGUGGAUCCAUUCCCUGUGCUGGGGCCUGCAACAAGUACAGAAGAACUGGGGGAGUCCCGUGAGAAGCCUAAGAUAUGUGAAAGCAGCGGGGCAGCCCUGCUGUCCUGGCCCUGGCUGGCCAGUCUGCAGUAUGAAGGUCGCCACUUCUGUGGAGGCAUUCUAAUUGAUGAAAAAUGGGUCCUGACAGCUGCACACUGCAACUUCAGUGCUCAGAUGGACAAAGUCCUGGGAAAAAUAUACUCAUUGCCAAAUGUGAAGGGUAACAGCCCUGUGCUUGUGAAAGCUGUGCACGCUCACUAUAACUUCAGUGGUUUUCCUUCCACAAAUGACCUGGCACUCCUGGAGCUGCAGAAACCCAUCAAGCCAGGCGAUUCUGCAGUGGUGGCUUGCUUAGCAGGCAGCGGGGAAGAAGUAAGCCCUGAUGCAAGAUGCUUAACAGCAGGAUGGGGAGAGGCAGGAGCUCAUGAGGAGGAACAGGGUUCCAGGCUGCAACAAGUGGAGGUUUCUCUCCUCUCCUAUGAGGCCUGUAUGAGCUACUGGGGACAAAAUAUUGAAAAGACCAACAUCUGUGCAAGAUCUGCUGAGGCAGCUUUUUGCAUGGGGGACUCUGGAUGGCCGCUUAUCUGUGGGACCCAUGGGCAUUAUAAGCUGGUCGGUAUUGCAAGCUGGGCCAGUGACAACUGCCAUCCAGAGUCACCAGCAGUCUACACCAAGGUUUCUGCCUACAGAAACUGGAUUUCAUCAGUCACAAACCAAAAAAUUUGAUUAACUUGAACAGGAGGCUUUCAGGUGUUCAUUUGUUAUUCCUCAAUAAAGAGAUUGUGGAGUAUGUUGGGUAAAUAUUUGUGAUUCAGGUCACCUUCCUGUAAACUUCUAGUUUGAAAGCUCCACCUUGAGCACUCAGUUUUAGAAAUCUUUUUACUGCAGCACAACUUGUGAUGCCAUAGCUCUGAGAUGAUAAAUUUAGUUACAGAGAGGUGCGUAGGAAAUGUAUGCUUUUUCAGUGGUUAGGUGCAUGCUUAAUGUCAAGUCCUCUACACAACUCGUACUCAUCUGUCAAAACAAAAUUGGUAACCCCUGCUCAUCUCAGAUCAUCUCAGAUAACCUGAUUUACCAGAGGUAAGUCGUUUUUAAAAUGCCAUUGCCAUAGCAUGGAUAGCUAAGAUGAACUGCUUUAGCAACAGUGGUACUUUGCUUCCUUUUCAGCAAUCUGGAAUUUGGUAUGAUGGCUCAUCUAUUGUAAAUAUACUUUCAAGUUUUGAAGAGCUUCAUCUAUGACAAGCUCUUAGCUUUGUCUAAUAUUAGAAAGGUCAUGCUGACACAACUCAAUUUGUGAGGAGUUGGGGUGCUUUUUUCUUUUUUUUAAUGGAAGGCUUUAACUAUACUUUUGGAUAAACACUAAAUUCUUGAGGAGGGAAAAGGGGUGGCUGACUUACCUAAUUCUUUAGCUGGUAGCUUAAAAACUAGACUUGGAAGUGAAGUGUAUUUGUGAAUAAAGCCUACAAGCAUAUAUCACUGAAUUACAAGCCAGGAAACUUCUAUUGCCUACAUCAAUCUCUUCUGGUUUCAGCACUAUUGUGCAUGACAUACAAAUCUGUCCUUUAAACAGAGGAUAGGAUGCUCUGUUCUAGUCUCUGCUAUGUGUUAGUCUCCUUAAAUAUGAAAAUAUGAAUGCAGGAGUGUUUGUGAUGAAGCAACCUCAUGGCUGGAACCUUGGCCACCAUCUACUGCCAAAAUGGCUAAAGAACUACAGCCUACUCUUAUACCACAUGCUAUUCAAGUACAAUAGUUUAAUAAAUUAAAAGUUGCGCGUGACCUUUUGACUUACUAAAUACUAGUCUCUGCUGCUUUAAAGAAGCCUUUCUCUCUUUAGUCCCUGUCCCAUGCUACUUUUGGAAGAAAACCUCAAAUAUGCUAGCAGAAGUCAGAAAGCAUCAGUCAAUCUUUACAGAAAUAAUAGUUCCCCUGAACUAGUGGAGCUGU